AUGCUCCGUCUACCAAGUAGUCAGAACAAAUUCAAGCCCACCAAGCCUGCAGCCAGGCGAUCCGGUCCAAAUGUGUCUCACCCUCCCCCGGCAUCGCAAGUCAAGCCCGUCAUCCCCGGUGGUCCUCCUGCAUCUCAACUCGCCACUCAGUUACGAUCAUCAGAGCCUGAGAGUGAAAAUGAACUGCCGACGCCUACCGCAACGCAGGAGUCUUCCAUCCAGCCUCCCUCAAUCUCUUCAACACAGGCUACUAUAGGCUCUCAGAUACCGACUCUAGCCCCGCCAACGAUCUCUAGUCCGGUUCUCCCUCCCGCACCGGGCUCGCUCAACGUUGAGCCAAUACCUGCUGCCGAUGUCGAAACCACCGCCUCCCCAUCCAGACAACAACGCCAGACGUCUAUCGCACCGAGUCUGAAUACUGUGUCCUCAGUCAAUAGAGCCGGUCGCCCAGCUCUGAUUCAAGCAGCUGCGGCGCAGGCGGCUAUAGCAGUUUCCCCAAAGCGGGUUCGAGGAAGGAUCCCAUCGAGAUCAGCUGUAUCCAAUAAGGAUAAUCGCGCCAUGUCAAAUGACCCUUCUGCGAGCCAGGAUGUGCCGAUUGCCCUUCCCCAGUCCGUAGGAGCGGCCGACUCGAUCGCUAUUCCAUCGGAGGAGCCCCGGAGCGAGGUCUCAGCUCCUGCUCCACCGGUGAUCAAUGUCACAGGUCCAUCAGAAACUGGACUGCCGCCAUCGAUCGCAUCUUUCAUCUCAUCUUCGAUCAGUCGGGCAACUGAGCUCCAUCGGGAUCGUGGACCUGAGCAUGCUUCGAGCAGUCGCCAGCCAUUAACAUCCAGACAGGCUGAUCUAUCUCGAGUAGACGAAGAAGAGGAAGGACUUCCCGCAUCGAACAAACGGAGUCGGAAAGCAUCCAAUCGGAUUGUCGAACGACCGAUACCCGAUAUCAAUGGUAGUAAUACCGAGACGCAAGGUGCCGAGAAGGCGAAUGGUGAAAAUCGCCCUCCGCCUCCCAAACGCAAAGCUCCGGCAAAGAAACGGACAAGCGGAGAAGCAGGUGAUCCGAGCUCUGUUCUAAUGCCUGUCAGAAGACCUCAGCGAGUCCGACGACGAGCGUAUCUGGAUCCACAAGGAACCGACCGAAGUGCAGAGGGAGACUUCCACAUCACCCAGAAACGUGUGCCGUACAAGACGAGAGGAGUUGCGGGAACCUCUGCGGAUCGGCGACUUGGCGCCAACAAGCAGAAACGAGGGGAAAAAAGCAUCCCCGUCAGUAUCAGUGUCCUCAAUGACGCGCAAGCCGGAGAUCAUGUCGGCGAAGAGGUGGUCGUCACAGAGACCACAAUGGCUGCCUUGGCUACUCAUACGACAGCCGGUAAAGUCUCGGCGAGAGGUUUAGUGCUGCACGAAUAUCUCAAGUCUGUGGAAACGACAAAGAAUAAAGAGAGGCCGAAACGAAUCGAGGAUGCAUGGAGAAGAAAGCAGGCCCAGCGCCGAAAGUUGCGAGCCGAGAGGAAUGUCCAGCGAGCGGAGCGUCGGCGACAUUUCGAAGACAUGGGAACCGAAGCCAAUGAUGUUGUUUCGGAGGACGAGGAGGAUUCUGAGGAGGAAUUCGAAGUUCGGCCCGAGUGGUUAAGAAGUCUAGAUGACGAGGAAGACAUUCGACGGGGGAGGCAAACGAGAGAUGCAGGCCAAGAUGAUGACGGGCAGGAAGACCGAGACAACGAGGAGCGUCAAGAGCAAAGUGAGGAUGAUCCAAUGGAGGAUCACGAGGUCCGGUCCCAUGAAGACGAACACGACGCCGCGUUGCGAGCCUCUGGAUUCAUCGUUGCGGCGACCGGCAAUGGAGAGGAAGGGGUUGGGGAUGAUGGGGACUCAGAUGACGAGGAGAGAGAGGAUGGAGGUGAAGAUGAUGGGGACGGCGUCGGGUACGAUUUGGAAGAGUAUCGUCGCGAAGUCGAGGAGCGUCGCCGUCGGAAUCUGGAGCGGAUCAUGGGUCAAGGCGUAGUUGAGGAGAACAAUGAGUUGAAAAUGGUCAACUCGUCGACAUAUGGACGACGCCCGGUCUCCGAGCGUUGGACGGACGCAGACACGGAAUUAUUUUUCAUAGCCUUGUCAGAAGUUGGUCCGACGCCAAGCUACCUCCUCGAGUACUUUCGGGGUCGAACACAUCGGCAACUGAAGAACAAAUUGAACCGAGAGGCUGAGCUCAAUCCUUUGCGUUAUAAAGCCGCUUUAUCUCGCCGCAAACGUCCAGACGCCGCCUUUCUGAACGAAAAUCGUGGCAUUGACCUCCAUGCUCCUCAUGAGGCCGAGGUCGAAUUGUUCGAGUCGGCAGCUUUGGGUAAAGUCAAUGCUCGACGACGUGAUCUCGGCUUGCCUGAUGAAGAGGCCGAAGAAACCGAGCGUGAGAUACCCAUGGCCGAAGAUGUGAUGCGAGACGACGACGAUGGCGACGAUGAUGAACAGUGA